CGUUCAGACGGAUCGGUCGUAUGCUCAUCCGCGGUUGUGCUGUGGCUCCGGAUUCGUUUGUCUAAAGUCAAUGAAUUUGCGACGACUCUAGCGCGCGAGCUAAAUAUUAGCAAAUAAUUCGAAUGUAACCAAGCGCGAAACUUUAAAACAGAUACAAAAAACCGUCGUGAAACUAGUGACUAAAGACCUUGUCGUGAAAAAUCUCUGAUAUAGUGACCGGUCGCAUUUAUCAACUCGAGAAGUCUAAGUUUCUAACUGCGUCAAGAUCGAGUGCCGCACGCAGGUGACGUGGUUUUAAGUGGAAUCAAAAGAUGCACCGUCGUUGAAACGGCAGCAGCAAAAUUUUCGCGCGUGAAAAAAAUACUUCAGUCUCAUCUCAAGUCGCUCGUGAAGUGAAACAAUAUAACACGUGGGAAAGCGAGCAAGCACGAUGGAUAACAAAGGCUUCCAGAACGACGAGCAACGGGCCAAAAUAAAGAAGAUGUUCAGCUGGAGCGAUGGACUUCCUGGCAACAGUGGUGCGAACGCCGAAGGUCUCACGGACGCGACGACUAUGCAGAGCAACAACGCGGACAGCAACGUGGACUUGACGACAGUGACUUCGAGCACUGUUUUGGCAACUCCAGGUCUGAACAACCCCGCCUGGAAUCGCCAGCAGGCGGUCAGCGUCAGACAUGCCUUCAAGAUCUACGGCAGCAGCAAAAAUCCAAAUCAUGUCAUACAGAAUCUCAACAUGACGGUAGCUAAAGGUUCGAUAUACGGAUUGCUGGGCGCUAGUGGCUGCGGUAAAACCACGUUGUUAUCUUGCAUCGUUGGUCGCAGGAGAUUGAAUUCAGGUGAAAUUUGGGUGCUGGGAGGUAAACCCGGAACAAAAGGUUCCGGCGUUCCCGGAAAAAGGGUUGGCUACAUGCCGCAAGAAAUUGCUCUUUAUGGAGAAUUCACCAUUCGCGAAACGAUGUUGUACUUCGGUUGGAUAUUCGGAAUGGACACGACCGAGAUCGUCGAAAGACUACGUUUUUUGCUGCAGUUUCUCGAUUUGCCUUCGCAAAAUCGUUUAGUGAAAAAUCUGAGUGGCGGUCAACAAAGGCGAGUGUCAUUUGCGGUGGCUCUCAUGCACGAUCCGGAGUUGCUGAUUUUGGACGAACCGACCGUAGGUGUAGAUCCGUUGUUAAGACAAAGCAUAUGGAACCACUUGGUCCAAAUUACCAAAGACGGUAACAAAACGGUCAUCAUAACGACGCACUAUAUUGAGGAAGCUCGCCAAGCACAUACGAUUGGUUUGAUGAGGAGUGGCCGAUUGUUGGCCGAGGAGGCACCUAGGACGCUUUUGCAAAUUUACAACUGUGCCUCCCUCGAAGAAGUGUUUCUUAAGCUAUCGAGAAAGCAGGGCCAAUAUGCACAAGCUCCGUCAGAGCUAAACAUUUCGAACAAUAUCAGCUUGGCUUCUUUAAACUGGGGCAAAAAAGACGAGCCUGUAUAUGUGACGGAAGAAUCUGGAGUUGUUGGCCUUAACUUCCAUCAAAGCAAGGAGAUUUUGAUCCACGAUUCCACCAACGGAAUAGCUAACCAUUAUGAUAUAAAUGGCAAGUCGCUACCGGGUGCAAAGGCCAGCUCCGUCCUAGAUUGCGAUGAUUGUGGCGACUUCACAGAUUGCUACAAGGUUACCAGUUGGGGCAAGAUCAAAGCGCUUUUGCAGAAAAACUUUUUGCGCAUGUGGAGAAACGUCGGCGUAAUGUUGUUUAUCUUCGCCUUGCCGGUGAUGCAAGUGAUUCUUUUCUGCCUUGCAAUCGGAAGAGAUCCUACGGGACUAAAAUUAGCUAUAGUAAAUCAUGAGAUGUCUUAUCCGAAUUUGACGUGCCCAGUUACGGACGAGUGUAGUUACUCCUAUCUCAGCUGUCGAUAUCUCAAAUUUUUGAAUAACGAAACAAUAAUAAAAGUAUUUUAUCCGGAACCCGAAUCAGCGAUGGAUGCUGUACGUAGAGGAGAAGCUUGGGGUACUUUGUAUUUUACGGAAAACUUCACGGAUGCUCUUGUGGCGAGGUUGGCCUUGGGAAGAGAUACCGAUGACGAAACUCUUGAUCAGAGUGAGAUCAGAGUUUGGCUGGAUAUGUCCAAUCAACAAGUAGGCCUGAUGUUGUCAAGAGAUCUUCAAUAUUCGUAUAGAGAUUUUGCCAAGAAUCUUUUAUCGUCUUGUGAUUACAAUUCGAAGCUAGCCGAUGUGCCGAUUCAGUUCAAAGAUCCCAUUUACGGCAGCAGCGAUCCCAGUUUCACGGACUUUGUGGCACCAGGUGUAAUAUUGACUAUUGUCUUUUUCUUGGCGGUCGCGCUGACGUCAUCCGCGCUAAUUAUCGAGAGAACGGAAGGUCUGCUGGACCGAAGUUGGGUAGCGGGUGUGUCGCCUGGCGAGAUUCUGUUUUCCCACGUGAUCACGCAAUUCGUCGUGAUGUGCGGCCAAACGGCUUUGGUGUUAAUUUUCAUGAUACUGGUGUUUGGUGUCGAGUGCAAAGGCGAUAUCGGCUGGGUUAUCAUACUGACGAUACUUCAAGGACUCUGCGGCAUGUGUUUCGGAUUCGUGAUUUCGGCGAUUUGCGAACUCGAAAGAAAUGCCAUCCAGCUAGCUUUAGGCAGCUUCUAUCCCACACUUCUUCUUAGCGGUGUAAUAUGGCCGGUAGAGGGUAUGCCAACGUUUCUGCGGUAUAUAUCGCAAGGUCUGCCGUUGACGAUGGCAACGACUUCCCUGCGCUCGAUGCUGACACGCGGCUGGAGUAUCACAAAGCCGAACGUCUACAACGGUUUCAUCGCCACCAUUAUUUGGAUUGUUGUGUUUCUCACGAUAAGUCUGCUGGUGUUGAGGUUCAAGCGUGGAUAAAGACGAGACUCGCGCAAUUUUUUCCACAGUUCUACACUGCAGUUACUAUAUUUGGUAUACAGUGUCUUGCGAACGUUCCGUGAAGUGUGAACGAAAAUUGAAUCAGUGUAUAUUGAAUUAACAGGGAAGUGUUCUUAAAAGAGGAAAGUAUCUCGCAAAGUCGAAAAUUGCGAUGAAUGUAUGUAUGAUUGUUAAUAAAACGUCGCGAUGCGGAAUCACGCACGAUAAAAAUCGUCAAUAAGGACAUCAGCAAAUGAUGGAGCUUUUGUUUUCUGCGAGCAAAGCCAUUUUUCAAAAACUUUUUUGCUUGAAAAUUACAGCUGGAGAUGAUGUAGGUAAGGAACUAAUAACAUUAUAUAUGUGUAUAUCUAUGUAUAAUAUAUACAUAAUGUGUUUGUUAUAAGUAAAUAGUUUUGAAUCUCAAGAGCCAAGUAUGUAUUUUCGAAUUUCUCGGAGUUUUACUUCAAAGAAGAAUUUUCUUUAUAUCAUUCAGAAAAGUUCCUUAACAUAUUCCAAGAAGAAGAAUUAUUUUUUUAAGUUUUUUUAUCCAGCUAUCGCAGAUACUUUUCUUUUUUUUUUUUUCGGUGUCGGUUUCAAAUGUCACACCGAUACGAUCUCGCAGCACUUUUCACAGCGGAAGAACUUCCGAACUCAUGUGAUGCUCCUGCGUGCGCUUAUUGUGCUUAUAAAAAGUGCUUAUGUGCCGCGUGUGCGCAAGCGUGCUGUUGUGUGCUCAAAUAAGUGUUGUAUGAUCGUAUGUGCGAAUGAAUAUGUGCGAUGGUCUUGUUUGCCUCGCGUAAGUGUGUAGUAUAAGUUUAUAGGGUUUUUUUAUUUUUACCUAUUAAAAGCUCUAACGCAGAUGCGUAUGAAAGAAUAUACCGUCAGAAUUCAUCGCGCUACAAGUCGAGAAUCGCGAUAUGAGAAAAUCGAGCGAGCGCUUCUAAUGUGCUCGCAUUCAAUACCAAUCAAUUUUUAUUAAUCAUAUUUGGAAACAACAUGACUAUUUCUUAAAGAGUUUAAUAAUUAGUUUUGUAUAAAGUUAUUAAUUUGACGUGUGUCUUUAACUGUUUGAUGAAUGAAAAUACUGGUAUGUGUUUCGUCAUGUAUUAUACUUGUAAAUGCAGAUAUACAUCGAAAACCAAUAAUGCAAUUUGUGGUGUACAGAAAUAAGCUCAGUAGCAUUUUUUUAAAAUUAGUAGUUUUUUAGAAUUAACACGCAAUUACGGACGAGUGCAAUUUUUAUUUAAAAUUGCGAUCGUCUGUGUGUAAACACAGACAAGUCAUUUCGUCUGAAUUUUCGGCGAAUAGUGACAGGAUAGCCUUGAUAAAACGGACUGUCUCGGACCAUGACGGGAUAUUGUUUAACAAAUUAUUAGAUAAAUAGAGAUGAUUUAAUCAUAGCGUAAUUUUACUUGCCCAUGACUCAAGUUACAUCCGUUCGAUUGUUAGAAAAAUUCGUGGCGCGCGCGCGCGCGAUCUAUGGUUUCUCGAACAAUCAAAUAUCUAAAAAAUCAUGUCGAAAACAGGAAAUGACGACAGGCGUGGACAAUCGGUGCGUCCGAAUGCGUUGUUUUAUCUACUGUACGUGUUACAUAUACACAUUUUCAUGUGUGUGAUAAAUUAAAGUUUGAACGAGGAAUUACAAAAUAAGAGUGAGUACACCUUAACAUGAUAUAACGAAAGUUUGUCUUUUAAGUUUUAAUAAUUUUACGAUGAACUUGUUUUGUGUGUGUUUGCGUGCAAUAUCAUAAGCAUCGACAAUGUACAUGUGUAUAAACACACGAUUAUAUAAGAAAACCUAUACUUAAAAAAAGUGAAAAGGGAAAUUUUUACGCACACAUAUAUUACAAAUAUAUAAAGAAUUUAACCAAUUACUUUAUGUAUAAAGAGAUCAUGUGAUCAUUUGUAAAGUGCUAUCUUGUAAAGAGAAAAAAACAAAAACGUGGUGCAGAAAGAAAAUAUGAAAGAAAGUACAACACGUGUUUAAAUCAUAUAAAACCUAUAUAUCUUAUUUUACUUAUACAAAAGAUGAAUACACAACUUAUAAUUUACAGUAAUUCUUCGUUAUAAGUAAAAGUUCUGAUCUCAAGAGGUUUAUAAUAGACAUAAAUUUCACGUGGCUUAUAAUAUAUGUAAAUCUUCACGGUCUCUCUUAUAUUAAAGAUUAAUAUUUUAUAUUAAUAUUUUAAGUACUAA